AUCGUAAGUCGAUUUACGACACAAACAUAAGUCGACUUACCAUAAGUCGACUUAUGCCUAUGCAUGAGUCGACUUAUGACCAAAAAACUGCUUUUUCCAAGUUCUCCUCCACAGGUUUCACUUUAUUAAGUAGUAGUUCUAUUCAGUUAGGUAUUUAUUUUUUUAUUUAUUUGUAAUUUGAAACAAAGAAAAUGAUUUAGAGUUAAAUAAAUAGGUUUUUAUUUAUUUAUGUGUAAUUUUCUCAAGAUAUAUGACUUAUGUUUAGAAGACAACCAUCUAUUGUCAUAACCUUGGCAACCAUCUAUUGUCAUAACCUUAGCUAAUGGUUUGUGAUUCUUCAAACUUCAUUCUAUUCAGACAUUGUGGUCAAUGGUGUUCUCCUCUAAGAGAAUCUAUCCUGUAUCAAGAUACUGAUUAAUAUUCGUUUCAGGUAAAAUCAGAAUUUUAAGCUAUAAUAUAUAUUGCAAUGGACAUCUCAGGUUACCUAACAGGAUGAAAGCAAUUGACAGACUUGUACAGAAUUAUCUCCCAGAUAUAAUUUUGUUCCAGGAAGUUACACCUGAGAUCUAUAAAAUAUUUGAGAAAUGCAAUUGGUGGGGGUUCUAUAGAUCUUCAGUUGAGCCAGAGAAGGCAACCAGAAAGUGUUUCUGCUUGGUGUUGAGUAGGUUACAAGUGAAGAAAUUCUUCUAUAACCGCUUUGAAAACACGUGGAAGGGGCUUUCUGUAGCUAAGGUCGUAACCGCAGAAAAGAAGAAGUUGAUUGUAGCAACUUGCCAUCUCAAGAGGCCAACUCCUCCCGAAAUGAACAGCAUUGAGCGAGUAAGUCAUGCAAAGCAGGCUCUCGACAGUGUCAAAAAUGCAAGAAAUGUAAUAAUUGGAGGUGACAUGAAUUGGAAUGAGGAUUCUGAUGGGCCUUUUCCUUUGCUUGAUCAGUGGAAUGAUGCUUGGCCUGUUCUUAGGCCUUCUGAAGAUGGAUGGACUUAUGAUACUGAGUCUAAUGGGAUGCUGCAUCAUAAGGGAGAACUGCAGAGGAGACUUGAUAGGUUUGUUUGUAAACUGCAGGAUUUCGAUAUGUUCAGCAUUAAAAGGAUAGGGAUGGAGAAGAUACAUGGGGUUCGACAUAGAAUUAAGGGGACAAAUCUACCUGUUUUUCCUAGUGAUCACUAUGGUCUACUUCUGACAAUUUGCCCAAAGUAGUAUUUAUCUUAAGCUUUCGUUGUGUGUUCUGCAUUCUCUAUAGAGCUCCUAGAUUUUUUAAAUAGAUUGUGAUGUGUAAUUGAAACAGUUGCUUAUAUUUCAAAAAGAAUGAAUUCACAUUGCAGCA